AUGGGCAGCAAAAAUUAUGAAGAACAAAUAAGAAUCAUGCACGAAGAAAACGAAAGGUUGAGGGAUGAAAUAAACUUGCUAUUGACAAAUGAACAGUGCAUGAAAGCAAAUAUAAGAAAAUUAGAGAUUGAUUACAGAAAGAAAAUUGAAGAUUUCAAGCAGAACCAAUACAAUGAAUAUGACAAACUUGUUAAGAAUUUGCUGCUAUCAAGAAAUGAUGCAUGUGCUGAAAUAGAAAUGCUGAAACAAAAAUGUGAGGAGUUGCAGAUAGAAUACCAUUCAUCACAAGUAAAUUGCUUCUUGUGUUUAUAUUGA